AUGGCUAAGAGUAUGCUGAUCUGGUGGAUGAUGAACUCUUUGAUUUUGCAAGUAGCUGAAGGAGGAAGAAGUGCGCAUGUACCAGCAAUGUUUGUAUUUGGGGAUUCAUUAGCAGAUGCAGGAACUAACAAUUUCCUUCCAAACUGUACCACUCGGGCCGAUUUUUCACCAUAUGGCGUGUCCUUCUUCCCCAACCCAACUGGUCGCUUCACAAAUGGCCUCACUGUUUUCGAUUUCAUAGCUACUCACUUGGAGCUUCCUUUCGUACCUCCGUAUCGUGAACUUCCUUCAUAUUAUCAGCAGGCAAUUUUUUCCCAUGGGGCUAAUUUUGCAUCGGCAGGGAGUGGUUUGUUGGAUUCAACAGGAUCUGAAAAGAAAAUUGUUAACUUUAGUGAUCAGAUAUCGAAAUUUGAAGAAUUCUCUAGGCGUGUACGUAAAAAGUCGCACCUCAGAAAUUCUUUAUACUGCAUUUCCAUUGGAGGCAACGACAUUCAUGCCCACUACAACGGCCCUUCCUUAAAUCUCAGUGAUGCACAAUUCGUCACUUUGCUGGUUGGCACACAUGGUCAAUACAUCCAAAGGCUUUAUCGUGCUGGAGCAAGAAAAUUUCUGAUACUCGACAUCUCCGCUUUAGGAUGUACUCCUAUUGCCAGAUUUACAUAUAAUUUUCAAUACCAGGGAAAGUGUGCGGAACCUGGAAAUAUACUAGCCCAGAAAUAUAACGUUGCUCUGAAAAAUCUUGUAGAUCACCUGAAUGGAAAACUACAUGAAGUGAAUAUCAUGCUCUUUAAUUCUUAUGAUUACUUGACAAACAUGAUUAGAAAUGGAAAAGCUUUUGGUUUUUCAGAAACAAAAUCAGCGUGCUGUGGAUCAGGAUUGUUCAGAGCCAAUGUGAGCUAUGGACAGACCAGUCCGCCAGAUCUGUAUUGCAAUGAUCCAGAUGCAUAUUUGUUUUGGGAUGCAGUUCAUCCCACACAGAGAGCUUACUCCAUAUUUUCAAAAGAAAUAUGGGGAGGAAAUUCUUCUGUUAUGCAUCCAAUUAACCUUUUCACACUAGUCUUGGGGAGAAAUGCAUAA